AACCUUGCCCUGACUAGGUGGUUCUCAGCAUGCAUACAGCUUUCUAAUGAAGUUUGAAGUGUCCUGAUCUCCUGUCGACAAAGUGUCAGAGCUCCAAACGUGAAUGGAAGCCUCUGGAGGACCGUAGCUGCACAGACAUACCAUGGCUGCUGCUCUUCAUUCUGUUCUGCAUUGGGAUGGGAUUUAUUUGUGGCUUUUCAGUAGCAACAGGUGCAGCAGCGAGACUAGUGUCAGGAUACGACAGCUAUGGAAAUAUCUGUGGGCAGAAAAAUGCAAAGUUGGAAGCAAUACCAAACAGUGGCAUGGACCACACCCAUCGGAAGUAUGUAUUCUUUUUGGAUCCAUGCAAUCUGGACUUGAUAAACCGGAAGAUCAAGUCUGUAGCACUGUGUGUAGCAGCAUGUCCAAGACAAGAACUGAAAACCCUGAGUGAUGUUCAGAAGUUUGCAGAGAUCAAUGGCUCAGCACUAUGUAGCUAUAACCUAAAGCCUUCUGAAUAUACUACAUCUUCAAAAGCUUCUGUUCUUUGCCCCAAACUGCCAGUUCCAGCAAGUGCACCUAUUCCAUUCUUCCAUCGCUGUGCUCCUGUGAACAUUUCCUGCUAUGCCAAGUUUGCAGAGGCCCUGAUCACCUUUGUCAGUGACAAUAGUGUCUUACACAGGCUGAUUAGUGGAGUAAUGACCAGCAAAGAAAUUAUAUUGGGACUUUGCUUGUUAUCACUAGUUCUGUCCAUGAUUUUGAUGGUGAUAAUCAGGUAUAUAUCGAGAGUGCUUGUAUGGAUCUUAACUAUUCUGGUCAUACUGGGUUCACUUGGUGGCACAGGUGUCCUAUGGUGGUUGUAUGCAAAACAAAGAAAAUCUCCCAAAGAAACAGUUAUUCCUGAACAACUUCAGAUAGCUGAAGACAAUCUUCGGGCCCUCCUCAUCUAUGCCAUUUCAGCUACAGUGUUCACAGUUAUCUUGUUCCUGAUAAUGCUGGUUAUGCGCAAACGUGUUGCUCUCACCAUCGCCUUGUUCCACGUGGCUGGCAAGGUCUUUAUUCACUUGCCACUGCUUGUCUUCCAACCCUUUUGGACUUUCUUUGCUCUUGUCCUGUUUUGGGUAUACUGGAUCAUGACACUUCUUUUUCUUGGCACUACUGGCACUGCUGUUCAGAAUGACCAGGGCUUUGUGGAAUUCAAAGUUUCUGGGCCUCUGCAGUACAUGUGGUGGUACCAUGGGGUGGGCCUGAUUUGGAUCAGUGAAUUCAUUCUAGCCUGUCAGCAGAUGACUGUGGCAGGAGCUGUGGUAACAUACUAUUUUACUAGGGAUAAAAGAAAUUUGCCAUUUACACCCAUUUUGGCAUCAGUGAAUCGCCUUAUUCGUUAUCACCUUGGUACUGUGGCAAAAGGAUCGUUCAUUAUCACAUUAGUCAAAAUUCCGCGAAUGAUCCUUAUGUAUAUUCACAGUCAGCUUAAAGGAAAGGAAAAUGCCUGUGCUCGAUGUCUACUGAAAUCUUGCAUUUGUUGCCUUUGGUGUCUUGAAAAGUGCCUAAAUUAUUUAAAUCAGAACGCAUACACAGCCACAGCUAUCAACAGCACCAACUUCUGCACCUCAGCGAAGGAUGCCUUUGUCAUUCUGGUGGAGAAUGCUUUGCGAGUGGCUGCCAUCAACACAGUGGGGGAUUUUAUGCUAUUCCUAGGCAAGGUGCUGAUAGUCUGCAGCACAGGUUUGGCUGGGAUUAUGCUGCUCAACUACCAGCAGGAUUACACAGUAUGGGUGCUGCCUCUCAUCAUCGUCUGCCUGUUUGCUUUCCUAGUCGCUCAUUGCUUCCUGUCCAUUUAUGAAAUGGUAGUGGAUGUAUUAUUCUUGUGUUUUGCCAUUGAUACAAAAUACAAUGAUGGAAGCCCGGGCAGAGAAUUCUAUAUGGAUAAAGUGCUGAUGGAGUUUGUGGAAAACAGUAGGAAAGCAAUGAAAGAAGCUGGUAAGGGAGGCGCUGCCGAUGCCAGAGAGCUAAAACCGAUGGCUUCGGGAACAAGUUCUGCUUGAACCUAGCGACCGUUAUGGAACCCAUUGACAUUCCAAAACAAUAUAUACACAUAACUAUGUAUUUGUGUGUGUGGGUGUGUGUAUAUGUGUAUAAAUGUAUAUGUAUAUACACACACACACAUAAUCAGCCAAAAUCAGAGAAAAGGAACAGGGAUUUAAUACCUUUUUUAUGCUUAUUUUUGUCAAACAUGUACUCCUUUCAUACGGGUGGCUUUUACAAGGCAACUUCCGUCACUUAAUGUUUUCGAUUGUAAUUGUCUUAAUGGAAAUGUUAAGAUUCAUAUCUGAUUAACAUUUUUAAUAACUUAGAGGAGAUUUUAACUUUAGUUAUUUAAAUUAGAUAAAAUUAUUGUACCAAAUUCUUUGUCUAAAAGUUUUCAGGGGUGAUUCCCUGACGUGUGUAUAAAAUCAAGAUCUUAUUUUACUAAGGCAUAAGUCCUAGUGGGACAAGACUAGGCAUGUGCUUUCAGAUAAAUAAGGAAUUCCUCCAAUCACUUUCCCCCAAUCAAAGAAGCCAUGUCAUUUUACUUUUAGAAACAUACCGGUGGGCCCAAUAUGGGAAUUUUCAUAAUAGGUCAUACAUUUGUCAGCGAACAUUAAAAAGUAACCAACUCCUCAGGUAUUUGUAGUUUACCCUAAUGCUUCUAUAAAAGAGAGUAGGUAAAAAGAAAAGGGUAGAUAAUCUUUCUUAUGCAAACUUUUUUCUUAUAUUUUGUCUUUCAUUUUGACUUUAGUAGCAUCCUCCACACAUUUGUGUGCCUGAUUUGAAAGGAACCUGGGGGCACCCAGCAAGUUUAGCCUUUAAGUUUCUGUGCAUUGAUUUGCAGAUUAAGUAAUGCUGGGAGGACUAAAGAAGGGAGAGAAGCAUGGAACACAAAGCAUUGAAAAUUCCGGUGCUUAGGCUUCUGCUUCAGAGGAACAUCAGUGGCUUAGGGCUCCAAGGCCAUUUUAUUCAAAUGCUUGGUAUAAAAUCUGAAAACACACUGGCAGGUGCUCCUCUCCUUAGAAGUGCAUUGAGUAUCCAGAAUUCUACAAUGUUUAAAUGAAGAUUGGGUUAAUGUUUUGAUCCUCAAGUGUAGAUUGUUCUUUUUGUUUGGGGGUGGGUUUUUUGUUUUUUUUUUUAAUUCCUGAAGCUUACCAGAUAUGAAUGGCUAAUAUUCCAUUGUUCUGCUUAUUGUAAUGGUGAAUGCUUUAAGAAAAAAAAAGUGUAAUUUGCUAAGAAUAAUUCAUGAUCUGUUUAUGCGAUAACUCCUUUUUGUUACAUUUUUUUAAAAAAAGCUAUUUUUGUUAAUGUAAAGUAAAUAUUUCAGAGCAAAUUUUUUAAACUUAUUGCACUAAAUACAGGCUCUGUACAAAACAAGAAGAAAAAAAAAAAAGCCUCAGCAUUUUAUCAUUCCACAGAAGGCAAAUCUUUUGAAAGAAAGCAUUGCCUCCUACCAGAAUAAGACAGUGAUUUAGAAUGGUAUUAUAGAAAAGGAUACAAUUAAUGUCACUAGGGCUUAAUAAGCAGCUGUUUGCUAAUGUGCUUCCUUUCAAAGGGUUGGACCUUUAAAUUGCUGCAAAAGGUAAAUUGUAUUUUUUUUUUUCUUUUAAGUGUCGGUGUGCUUUACUCUAGCUAGGCUAAAAAUUGCUAAAUGCCCUGGUUUUAUUUUCAAAGCUCAUGUAAUAUUUCUGAUUUUUCAGAAUAUUUGCAAUAAGAGUCUGGACUUAAAAAAAAAAAAAAACAAACAACUCGCAAUUUAAAGCUCAUGUCU